UGUAAAUUUGAAAGGAAUAAAACUCCUUAGAAAAUAUUGAAACGGUUCAGAAGAAAAUAUAGCUAACAUGGACUCUUAUGCUGAACAUAACUUUCAAUGGUAUAAUUAUAAACGUCCCACAUUCUGUGAUCAUUGUGGGGGUCUGCUGGUUGGUGCGACGAAACAAGGGAAAAGGUGCAGGCGGUGCGAUCUCGAUAUUCACGAAAAGUGCGAAGAAAUACUUGAAAAACCCUGCAUUGAGUUGGUGACAGGACAUCACAACUUUCGAGAAAAGACUUUCACACAACUAACAUACUGUGACUUCUGCAAGAAUUUGUUGGUUGGAUUUAUCAGACAGGGAAUGAAAUGCUCAGAAUGUGGAGCGAAUGUGCAUGAAAAGUGCCAAGAAAAAGUUGAAGCCUUCUGCAGACAAACACAAAGCAGAUUAAACAGAGAAACUGUGCCGAAAACUAAACCACCACGAUCGCCAUCGCCGAGGCCGAAAUCGCCACUACCGCCAAGUGAAUUCCGUGUUGACCAACCUGCCGAUUUUCAAGUAAUGAAACCAAAAUCACGGACUCCUUCAGUAAGCAGAUACUCAGAUGAUAUGGAUUCUUAUCCAGAAUGUGAUCACGAUUCUAUUGGCACUUCAUCUUUGAGCCGACAGGCGUCUUCUACAACUGGUGCAUCAAGCCGCCAUGAUUCAACCAAUACACCUAACACAUCGUAUCCUUCAACAUCGAGUGAAGAGCCAAACAAAAUUGAACAAAUGAAGCAAACGGUCGACGAUGUGUUCGGAAUAAUGAAGAAUACCUUCAAUUCUGCUCUUCAUAGGGGAGAAAAUUUGGACAAGUUGCAAAAAAAGUCAAAAGAUUUGGAGGAGAGAGCUAAUCUUCUGGAAAAGACAGCCAAAAAAGUAAAAUACAAGAUGAUGUGGAAAAACUACAAACUAUGGGUCGCCUUAGCUGUUGCUGCCAUUAUACUGAUUGUUAUUAUAUCUGUUGCUGUGGUAUUUAGUAAAAAGACUUCCUAACUGAAA